CGCGUGCUGGUAUGUGUACGUGUACGUGUAUGUAUAUGCGCAUCUAUCCGUGUACGUGUAUGUACAUGCAUACGUAAACGUAAACGUAUAUGUAUAUAUAAUUUGGCAGCAUUUACUAUCGAAUAAAAUACACUCGUACGUAGUCUCACAAACGUUUCUCUGUAUCUCUGUGCAUAAUAUUAAGAUCGAUCUGUAAUCUAACCUAUUCGUUAGACACGUAUCUACUCGAUCCAAAGUAUUUUUUAAAAUGUAGAAUAAGUUACGUUAACACACUUUCUUGGCAAACAGCAAAACAUUCGUGAAGAAAUCUCUUGAAAUAAGUUCGAUCGAUGCAACAAUCGGGAGAGAGAACGACUUCAGAGCAUAUUCUAUUCUCACGUUUCCACAGAAUCCAUGUGAUGAGGGUAAUGUGUAUAUAAAACGUUUACUUCACUAUUUCUCCUUAAAAUCAAUUCUACGAUAUUUCGAUACACAGUCUUAAUUACAUCAGCAACAACAAAGAAAGAUACAGCCGUAAAUUACUAAAGUAACUGGCAGCCAUUUUGAAGUGCCACAUUCCUACACCGACUUGACACUCUUUUUCGUAAUUUACGGUGUACACAGAGCUUGUGCGUGAAAAAACAAAUUCGUCUACAUAAUUGAUGUUAGAAUUUUUUUUUAUAAAUAAUGCUUGUAAUUUGUUGAGAAAGAAGUUUAUGUUUCAGCAAAAAUUUAUAUACAGAUAUUAGAGUACAGGUUAUGAAACGAUUCACUAAAAUAAUUGUAAAUGCAUUUAUUGAAAUAAAAAAUUAAUUAUUAUUUUAUAUUCAUGUUAUAAUAAAAUAAAAAUUGAAAUACCAAUUCCGAAUAUUCAAAUAAAAAGCCAAACAAUAAAAUAAAAUUAGGUGUUUUAUAUUCUGAAAGAAGAAUAAUAAUACUAAACAAUAAUGUUCUUCUAUACUGACAAUGAAUGUACUUUAUAUAUGACAUUAUAUACGCACUAUCAGGUAUUUGAAUGAGAUAAAACAAAGUCAUUGUUACAUUAUGGUAGCUCACGUUAUGUGUUUAACAUCUUCCGGAGGAAUUCCAUUAUUCUCUCGACAGAAAGGAGAAGGAGAUACGAUGACCUUUUCUAAAAUAGCUUCACUGAACGGUAUCCACAUGUUCCUUAAAUCACAAGACAUUAAAUUGCUAUACACAGAUUUACCAGAUACUACCGUCAUGUGGAAAGAAUUUGAUCAAAGCAUUACUUUGAUAGUCAUCGCGAAUGGGACCACAAAAUAUGUUCUAAACCAAUUUCUUGAUGCUGUUUUUGGUGCAAUGAUUUUGUUUGUUGGCAUCGAUGAAUUAAAGAGUGCAAAGAAUAUAGAAAAACUUAAGAAAGACGUGCGUUCUUGCAGUCCACUUGUCGAUAAUUUAUUACAGUGCCUUGACGUGGGAGAUGGAAUUUCUUUAAAAACCGAUAUCAUCAAUAUGACAGAGUGCAUUAUGUGCCUUGAAAAUAAUUUACUGCAGACUUGUUUAGAAAGCUACAUGGAAUGUUUAGAUUCCAUAUAUGGUUGUAUUUUAAUACAUGGCUGCUUAGCAGUUGCUACAGAAGGAUGGUGGAGCUUGAAUCCUAUAGAAAGGAAGUUAUUGAUAACAGUUGUCACCGUUGAAGGCGUUUGUACAACACGCGAUAUCCCAGUAUUUUUACCUUACAAAAGCCCUAAUGUGGCUUUCCGAUUAGUAUCUGUUACAUUAAUCAAUCAUAUCGAAGUAUUAGCAUUAUGUGGACCAAAUCCAGAAUUAUCAGAGGUAGAGAGACUGGCUGUACAGUGUUGGAAAAAUAUUCUUGAUACUUUGAACAGCGCUGAAUUGUGCUAUCCAAGGAAUUUACCUGUGUCAAUCAAUUUUGAUUCGGAAGCACUUGGGUUUCUUCUAGUAAAUUAUAAAGUGCAAAAAUUUAUACUCUGUAAAAAUGAUCAGUAUGCUAAAACUAGAAUUAGUGGAUCACACAGAUUAGACAUACUAAAAACAUUUUACCAUCAAGCUGUUGAAACGUUUAUAUUAUUUCCAAUAUCUGAAGAUAAUACAAAGAAGGACAAUUGGAAGUUUACCAGUACAAAAGAAAUAUAUCUGUGUUCAGAAUAUCAUAAAUGUCAUGCUGUUAAACACAGUGAUCACAUACUUUGUAUUUUAUACGCAUCUAUAGUUCCUACACACACUAUGAGAUUGAUUUGUCAAAAAAUAUUGAAAAUGUUGCUUACAGAUAAGCAAAAUUGUUGGUAAAUAAAAAUAUAAAUUCAUUUUAUACUUUUAUACUAUACAUAUUACCAUAAAAAAUAUAAAUUGUACGAUCGCAUUAAACCAGUAUUCUUGUUUAUUCUUGGAUGUGUAUUUUAUGAUUUGUACCAUAUUUAAA